AUGUCAGGUUAUCAAAGGCCAUUUAUCAGAAAUUAUGCAUCUGAUGUGGAAGACUUAAAAAAGGAGGCAGAUAGGUUAGAAACUGACAAAUCUGCAUCAACAACAGGAGUGUUAGAUUAUGAAAAACAACUGGAAGUGGUGUUGUAUUUUGAUCAUAUAUAUCCAAUGCCAAUAUCUGGUCUUUCGCUUAAGCGCAAGUUCCUAUCGCCAAUUCAAAACCGAGUUACCACAGAUGAUUUAAAGCAGAAGGUAUUAGACUUGUCAAGCACAGAUAGUAAUCCAUUACCAGAAAAUACAAAAAUAUCUGAAUUUGUUCCUUUAAAGAGAGAUGCAGGGGCGUUUGUCAAGUUUGAGGUUCCACCAGAAACUACAUGCAAGGAGCUAAUUAAUCAAAUUGUGUCUAAUUUAGAAGAGAAUGAAGUUCAACAUAAUAAGAAUAUAUUUAAUUAUGUGAAAAACUUAUUCUGGAAUAAAUUUCCUAAGUGUUAUCAAGUUAAGGGUACCCCUUGGAUUGAGGAUUUAAGACGAUACCCGUCACCAAAACUUAAAGUAAUAUUUGAAGGUGAUCCUUUAACAGAAGAAGAGUUGUACCUUUUAUUUAGAAGGUAUGGAUUGAUUGUUGAUAUAAUCCCCGUAUCCAGCUCCAACCCUACAGCUACGAUUAUUUUUAAGUAUCUCAGAUCAGCAGUUUGUGCUAAAAACUGUAUUACAGGUAUUAGCUUAAAUUCGAGUAUGACAACUUUACAUUUGCAAUAUAUUCCAAUUGAACGUGUAAACUAUCUUAUGGAUUUUAUUGUGAACCAUCAAAAGAUUACAAUCCCAGCUAUUGUUGCCCUUCUUGCUACACUUGCUGUGCUUAUUUUCGACCCGAUUAGACAAUUAUUUAUCGAGCAGCAUAUCACACACAAGUAUUCUUUGGAAACUUACAAAGAUAACAGAUACGUUAAAGUUGUAUAUUAUCCUUAUCGUAGCCUCGUUCAAUGGCUAAACAAUAGUUAUGAUUAUAUUGAUGAAAAACUCAAUCAGGUGUAUGAAGGAAAAGGGGACUUAGAAGUUACUUCUGAAGAUUCUGAAAAUAUCAAUAUAUUGUGGAAUGAAAGAUUUGAAAAGAUUAAGCAAUUGAAAUUAUGGAUAUAUGAAAAUAUUAAUACAUUCAUCGUUGUAAAAGGUCCAAAGGGUUCAGGGAAGGAAGAAUUUGUGUUAGAUCACACGUUGAAUAAUGACGAAAAAUUAAAACGUAAAGUUCUUUACAUUGACUGUGAUGCUUUAGUAAAGGCAAGAUCGGACAAUGGUCUAAUCAAAACGACUGCUCGCCAGUUAGGAUAUUUUCCUGUUUUUACCUGGACUAACUCCAUUUCUCAAUUUGUAGAUUUGGGUGUCCAGGGUUUGACGGGACAGAAGUCGGGCUUGAGUGAAUCAAAGGAAACUCAAUUAAAGAAUAUGUUCCUGUUGACCACGCAAGCUUUGAGGAAUAUUGCUCUCUCAGAUUACGAAGACUAUAGGAAUGAUACUAUUAAGCAACAAAAGAGGCGCACCAGAAAGACUGAAAAUAAUACUGAUGAGAAACCAAGUAUUUCUGUUGAAGAAGAAAUUAUCAAAGAAGAAGACUACUUACAGCAACAUCCUGAGGCGAAACCUAUUAUUGUAGUCAAUAAUUUUCAAAGAAAAUCUGAUGGCAACAAUGACAUGAUAUAUAAGCUUAUCGCUGAGUGGACGUCACUGUUAGUACAAAGUAACAUGUCGCAUGUUAUAUUCAUUACUCAUGAUGUUGGAUCGGUUCAGCAUUUAACGGAUUCGUUGCCUAACCAGGUCUUUAAGACGAUUUCCUUAUCGGAUGCAUCCCAAAGAAGUGCUAAGCAAUAUGUUUGGAAUCAAUUGAAUGAUCCUAGUUUAAUGAAUCCUGACUCUCUUGACAAAUAUAUUGAGCCAUUAGGAGGUAGAAUGCUUGAUUUGCAAGCAUUUAUCAGGCGUAUUAAGUCAGGUGAAUCAGCAAAUGAUGCAUUAUCUGAAAUGGUGAAUCAAGCUUCCGAACAGAUAACCACCUUCUUUUUGAAUAACACAGUAGCAAACGAAUCUGAUAGCAAUUGGAACACUGCACAAGUGUGGGCAAUUAUGAAAUUCUUAUCUGAGAAUGACUCAUUUGAGUAUAAUGAAUUGAGUAAGAUCUCGUUAUUUAAAUCAUCAAACGAGACAUUAGCAACCUUGGCUGCGUUAGAAAAACAUGAUUUAAUUUCAUUCACUCGUGAGAAGGGUGUUUUAUCACGUAUCUCUACUGGUAGACCAUUAUAUAAAGCGGCAUUUAAGGAGCUCAUCAAUGACCGGAAAGUUUAUAAACUCUAUGAGACAGAUUAUUAUAAUAACUUGAUAACAAUUGAGAGUACUAAAAUAUUUAAACUUGAAGAUGAAAUUAAUAAGAUUUCCAGGUUAUCCGACAUUAAGUAUUUGAAGAAUAGACUUGAAUAUGUGCUGUCGAAGAUUAAUACAGCUACAGAAACAAUUAUGAAAUACGAAGAGAAAAUAAAGGAGAUAGGCAAAUUAAACGAGAAAAGCUCAUCUUCAUUCCUAGGUAUUAAAUUCAACUAA